UCUGACACGCCCCACCCGUCUUGUGACCGGCAGACUCCAGAGCCAAUGAGAAUACACCAUCUGUAAACAUGGCGUCUGACUUCAGGUGGAAGUGUGUGUUGCUCCUUCUGUGCACAUAUUUGCUUUGUAUAUUAGCGACUGACCAAAAUAAGCCCAAGAAAAAGAAGGAUAUCCGAGACUACAAUGACGCAGAUAUGGCACGGCUCCUGGAACAAUGGGAGGAGGACGAUGACAUUGAGGAAGGGGACCUCCCCGAGCACAAGAGGUCUCCCCCUCCCAUCGACUUUGCCAAGGUGGACCCCUCCAAGCCCGAAGAGCUGCUCAAGAUGUCCAAGAAGGGCAAGACUCUGAUGGUGUUUGCUACCGUGUCGGGGGAUCCCACGGAGAAAGAGACAGAGGAGAUCACAGGCCUGUGGCAGGGCAGCCUCUUCAACGCCAACUACGAUAUCCAGAGGUUUGUGGUGGGCUCCAACAGGGCCAUCUUCAUGCUGCGGGACGGCAGUCUGGCCUGGGAGGUCAAAGACUUCCUGGUGGGCCAGCAGCGCUGCGCCGACGUCACCGUGGAGGGACAGGUGUUCCCCGGGGCGGCUGCCAAGAAGCAGGACGACGGCGAACACAAGCAACAGAGUGAAGGCAACGCCAAGAAGAAGAGCAAGAGGAAGACGGAGAGCAAGAAGCCGGACCUUGAGGGGAACAGUGCCAGCCAUCUGAAACACGAGCUGUGACGGAGAAACAUUCCCAGGGCUCUUUACCUCUGACCUGGGGGGGGGGGGUGUAUUCUGACCACUGAAUUGUGGCGAGGGGCAGCAGGAACAUGUGAAGACGCAGAGCUUCGGAGUCAGUGAUAUGAGUGAGAUAAUGAGUCCUGCUUAGGGUUGGGGACUGUUUAAAGAUUUUCAAUACGUUACCAAUACCCUGACUUCGUUACCGGUUCCUAAACAAUACCGGUUUCUAAACAAGUUCAUGUAAUUUCCAGCUCCUAACACGUGAGCCCCGUCUCUAUGUAUAACUUGGUUUUUCCUGCUUGCCUCUACGUAACGUUAGACGGCCAAUCACAGACAUUAUUAGAUCUUGGUAGAAGCAUGCCUAUUGGCUCAUUGACGCUGAUGAGAUUUACUCCGGAAGUAUUGAAUUUGGGUAUUGAAUGACAAAGCAUUUGUUUUCUUUUUCUUUUCUUUAGAUACUUUAGAGGCUAUUCAGUCAGUGCUUAAAAAGUAUUGAAUCCUGUACCCAGCCCCAGUCCUGCUGGGCCCGUUACCAUGAACUGCUCAGCUGCUAGCAUAACUCAGAGGCUUGUUGUCUUUUUUCCACCUCUCCCUCACUGGACGUAGGGCCGCUCAAUGAUGGGGAAAAUACAAAUCAUUAUCGCCAUUAUUUUUGGUCAAUAUUGAAAUCACAAUUAUUUCAUGCGAUAACUUCCUUGCCUUUUGGAAAGAUGAUUAUUAAACUUUAAAACGGUCCAACAGUUAAUAGAAAGUUCACAAUUGAAGGUGUUUGUCACUUUAAUGACUUUUAAUUGUUUAAUACUUUUCCUGUUGAAACUAUUUUUUUUCCAUUAAGAACACAGGACAAAAUAAUAGUUUACUUGAAAAAACAGUGUUUUUGUUUUUUUUGCAAGCGUCAGGAGACAAAAUCGUAAUCACCAAUUAAAAUUCAAGUACACUACAAUUUUGAAGUCAUCUUUUUGUCACAGGGUCAUUUUGUCACUCUCGUUGUGAAGUAAAAUCUGGGCUGUCUAAUCUCUGUAGUUCUGUUUUUGUUAUGAUUAUCACCAAAUGAAAUGUGCCUGGUACAGGAGUCAUUCAUCCAACCUUAUAGUCCUGGUGUGUUCAGGUACUUGUUCACAUCCAGCAGCACUUCAAGAUUUGAUACUCAAGUAGCACCCACAUUUUCCAUUUGAUUUUUCACUGCAUAUGAAAACAAAUCUUUUUUUAUACAAUCAU